CUUUUAAGAACCAGGAGGAAAGGGACAAGGCCAUGAAGGCAGUGCACGGCAUGCAAUGGAAGAGUAAAGUGCUGAGUGUACGGCUAGCCAAGCCCAAAGCUGAUCCCAUCCUCAAGAAGAGGAAACUAGACGAGGAAGCAGAAGGUGGACAGCCUGGUACAAAACGUGCUGCGGGUAGCCAGGAGGUAGAGGAGAAUGAAGAAGAGCCUCUCAAUAUCCAGAUUGCCAAUGUUGUGACACCCUUGUGGAACAUACCUUAUGAAGAACAGCUGAGAAGGAAAGAGAAAGAAGUUGAAGGUGUUCUCCAGAAACUGACCAGAGAAAUAGGCAACAACAACAAAGCCAUGCUUCCCUGGCUGUUUGUUCAAAAAGAGAAAUACAACAAAAUAUGCUGCCCACUCGAGGCCUUACGACCAUCACCUGUGCAGACAGAGUACAGGAAUAAGUGUGAGUUUGUGAUUGGAGUGGGAGCAGAUGGAGAGGAUAAGACUGUGGGCUUUCGUUUGGGUAAGUAUAAAGGCGGAUCCUGUGCAGUAGUGAGUCCAUCAGAAACCACCCAUGUGUCUUCAGAGGCCAAGAGGGUUGUGCAGGGAUUCCAGCAGUUCAUCAGGACAACCCCGUAUGCAGUAUACAGUCCAGAGACUUACGAGGGUCAUUGGCGGCAGCUAACAGUAAGAACAAGCAGGAUAAAGCAAACUAUGGCCAUUGUUUUCUUCAAUCCACAGAAACUCCAAGAAGAAGAAAUUGAGGAACUGAAACAAAGCCUGCAUCAGUAUUUUACCGAAGGAAAAGAAAGUGGCAUCACUUCUUUGUACUUUGUGAGAAUGGGACAAAGGACAUCAGCAGGUACAGAGGACCUGCCUUGUGAACAUGUGACUGGAGAAGAAUGGAUUCAUGAAGAGCUUCUCGGACUAAAAUUCCGCAUCUCUCCACACUCAUUUUUUCAGACAAACACCCCUGCUGCUGAGGUUCUGUACUCUGCUGUGGGUGAAUGGGCUCAGCUGGACCAGGACAGCACUGUGCUGGAUGUGUGCUGUGGAACAGGAACCAUCGGCAUCUCACUGGCAAAGAGAGUGAAGAAGGUGAUUGGCAUAGAGUUGUGCCAGGAGGCAGUGGAAGAUGCUAAGGCUAACGCUGAAGCUAAUGGCUUGACCAAUGUGGAAUUCCACUGUGGAAAGGCUGAAGACGUGUUCCCCACUAUUCUAAAUGCUGUUGUAUCCCCCAGCGUCACGGCAAUCGUUGACCCCCCAAGAGCAGGGCUGCAUUCCAAAGUUAUUCUAGCAAUCAGAAGAGCAGAGCAUCUUAAGAGACUCGUCUACGUCGCCUGCAAUGCCAAAGCAGCUAUGAACAAUUUUAUUGAUCUCUGCAGAGCUCCUUCUAACCGUGUGCGAGGAGCCCCCUUUCGUCCAGUGAGAGCUAUGGCUGUUGACCUCUUCCCCCAGACCAUGCACUGUGAAACCAUCCUGCUGUUUGAAAGAGUGGACUACAGCUCUAACACUGACAUUUAGACCACAGAGACCUGACGCUCCAUAAUCUUUACCAUCUACCAUGCCGGCGUGGCUGUUUCGUUCCCAUUAAAACGCUUUGACGGUAGUGCUUAUGGGAAAAUUUCAAAUGUUCACUUCAGAUUUCAACUGACUUGAUUAAAGUACUCAAAACAUUACCACGUUUUUUUUUUAUAUAGGCUUCUUUUUUUACCCUCUUUUGUUUGCAUUAAAACAACCCAGUAAAAACAGCACAAGUUAUCAGUUUCUGGUCAUCAAUUUAUUUGUAUAAACAAAUCACUGCGUAUCAGCGAUUGUGUUGCAUUAAAAUAACAUUUUAAUAGGCAGCAUUACUUGCAGCUAAAUCAUCCAACAUUAUCCCUUCAAUGAUAGCGACUAAAAAGCACGCAUUUCUUCAGACAACUAAUACACACUUAGCAAGACACUCCAGACGUUUAUUGGGAAGGCGUAUUCUCUAAGCACUCUUAGUAUGGCAGCAGCAGCCUUGUGCUCAUGGAAAACAGGAAAGUGCCUUCACAAACGCAGUUAACAUUCAGAAGCACACAAACUAAAAUACUAGAUUCAGUGACAGUGCACUGCAGUUUUUAGUCGCUGUCCCAAGAAAACCUGAUCCCCCCCACUCCACUCCACUCCGUGUUAAACAG